CCCGGAGCAGGCCCCGCCGCCGCCGCCGCUGCCCCUAGCUCCACCGUCGAGCAGCAUGAAGAUCAAGGAUGCCAAAAAGCCCUCUUUUCCAUGGUUUGGCAUGGACAUAGGAGGCACUCUUGUGAAACUUGCAUAUUUUGAGCCCAUUGAUAUCACAGCAGAGGAGGAGCAAGAAGAAGUUGAAAGUUUAAAAAGUAUCCGGAAAUAUCUGACUUCUAAUGUAGCCUAUGGGUUGACCGGAGUUAGGGAUGUUCAUCUUGAACUGAAGGAUUUGACACUCUUUGGCCGAAGAGGGAACUUGCACUUUAUCAGAUUUCCAACCCAUGACCUGCCUACUUUUAUCCAAAUGGGGAGAGAUAAAAACUUCUCAACAUUACACACGGUGCUAUGUGCUACUGGAGGUGGUGCUUACAAGUUUGAAAAAGAUUUUCGCACGAUUGGAAACCUCCAGCUGCACAAACUGGAUGAACUUGACUGCCUUGUAAAGGGCUUGCUAUAUAUAGAUUCUGUCAGUUUUAAUGGGCAGGCAGAAUGCUAUUAUUUUGGCAAUGCCUCAGAACCUGAAAGAUGCCAAAAGAUGCCUUUUAACUUGGAUGACCCAUAUCCACUACUGGUUGUGAACAUUGGUUCUGGAGUUAGUAUUUUAGCUGUCCAUUCCAAAGACAACUAUAAGCGAGUUACUGGAACAAGCCUGGGAGGAGGCACAUUUCUGGGCUUAUGCAGUUUACUGACUGGCUGUGAAAGUUUUGAAGAAGCUCUUGAAAUGGCUUCCAAAGGUGAUAGCACCCAUGCUGAUAAAUUGGUCCGUGAUAUUUAUGGAGGAGAUUAUGAAAGAUUUGGCUUGCCAGGGUGGACUGUAGCAUCUAGUUUUGGGAACAUGAUCUAUAAGGAAAAGAGAGAAUCUGUUAGUAAAGAAGAUCUAGCAAGAGCUACUUUAGUUACUAUCACCAAUAACAUUGGUUCUGUAGCAAGGAUGUGUGCUGUUAAUGAGAAAAUAAAUAGAGUUGUCUUUGUUGGAAACUUUCUACGUGUCAAUACCUUAUCAAUGAAACUUUUGGCAUAUGCAUUGGAUUAUUGGUCCAAAGGCCAGUUGAAGGCAUUGUUUCUAGAACAUGAGGGAUACUUCGGAGCAGUUGGUGCUCUCCUGGGGCUGCCAAAUUUCAGCUAAAGCAUCGAAGUCACUAUGUCAGUAAUGCCAUCCAACUGGAACUGAAAAUCAGAGGGAUUAUUAUUACAUUAUUUAAAUUGAUGGGAACCAAAGGACAAGGGGAAAAACAGCAAUGUUGCUGUUCAUUUUUAAAUGUCAAAAUGGUAAGCUACUGAAUGUUGCCAUAUUAAAGUGAGGUCUUGGUAACAUGAAGCAUUUCCAGUUGAGAUGCUUUAGGGAUUUUGGUCUUACUCUUCUCUGUAUAUAGCCAGUAUUAAAUCCUUUUGAUGCAAUACAACCUCUGAUUGAGCUUCUAAAAAAUAUUUUUGUUUAUUUUUAAGUAGUCAGCAUUACAGUACUGUAUGCUCAAAGAAAAAUCUUGGAGUCCCCAGAUAUUUAGUUUAUGAAAAUAAUUCAUUCAAAAUGUAUGUUACAAGAGUCUCUUUUACCCAUCUUUUGGCUACUUUUCACACCCUUUAUUGAAAAUACACCUCGACAACCAAAGUGUCAUAGAGAGGUUCCAUUUUCAUGUGAUGAUAUAUAAUUUCAGGCAUUGAGGACCAUUGGAGCUUUCCUAAUGCAUUUUUUUAAAGUCUGUGUCUAUGGUUUUCAAGAGAUUCCCAGUAGAAUUCAAAGUAUUUUCAAAUACCAUGAUGUAAUUAAAAUAUAUAGAGAUUUGUGAAACUGCAGGUACAUAGCAGCUUAAGCUCUGACAGUAUAUUUUAUAAAACUACUCUAGUUUGUUAGUUGGUGUAGUCGAGCGCUAUUCAUGGAGUCAAAAAUCAUUAUGCUUAAUACAUUUAAAGAUAUAUCUAAAAUUUUAUAAUUUGAUAACUUGAAUGGUGAAAUAAAGACAGUAGACAGAUAUAAUGGUAUGAGAUGGAAGUGCAUCACUCAAGUUGGGUGUAUUCCCUCUGCUAUAUUCCUUUCAGACCAGAACUCAGUCACCCAUUUUUAUAAGGUCUGAUCCAACAAAGCAAAAAACUUUGUAUUCUAUUAUGUGAGGGAAAAAAAGCCCUGCUUAAGCUUUCAGAAUGUUUUGUUAAACUGGAAGAUUUAGUUAUUUUGAAGCUUCAUGGGAUUCAGAGGCAGUAUUAUAGAAUCAUAAAAGAAUCAGUGUUUUGUACAUUCUGGCAAUAAAAGCAUUAUAAUUCUACUGUUUGUAAAACUUGUUGGCCUUGGAAUUUACCCUCUAUUUUGGAGUCAUUGUUUUUGGUAAAUUUGUGGAGUUUUUCAGGUUUUUGCUUUCGAAGUAACAUUAUCAAAGUAGUUCAGUGCUUUAGCAUGGUGUUCAUGAGAUUUUUAGAAUUUGGAAGGCUGAGAAUAUUAACCACCUCUUAAUACACCAUGAUGGUACUCAUUACAUGAAGAGAAGUAUUAUGUAUCUGUAUAAAACCACUGCAUAACUCAAUAUGUACUUGGUGGAGAAGACUUUCUAUUAUGUUUUUCAGUAGGCUGUGAUGCGCUAUAUAAACAUUUCUCCAUCAUGUAUCCUCAUGCUCAAAUGUUUGCCAGACCCUGUUGAUUGUAAGAUAUUCCUUCUAUAAAGUCAUGAAUUUCUGAACCAUGGAGUUGUGAGGGAAGUUGGAAGUAGUGGGAAUGUCAUUUAAAAGAAAGAAUCCAGAUAAUUUUAAACUGAACAAACUUAAGAUCUUAGCUGUUUUAAAACCCCAAAUGAUAACAUCCCACUUAAUUUUUCCUAGCUAUUUCAUAUAUAUUUCAGCCAUAUUUUGAUGAUUUCUUUAGUUUGAAGACUUCCAAUUUGGCCUUAAUUUCAUUUAAACUGUGGUCAAAGGUGAUGCAGUUUUUACAUUAGUAGCUAUUGGGGGCAGGCAUCUAAGUGAAAAAAGUUGACAAAUAUUGAUUUUUCUCAGACUUUUAAGUGGAAAAUUUUCGUUUAAAAAUAGUGUAGGUGCUGUCCUAAUAUGUGUGUUGGAACUGUGGUACAUCUGAAUUUUGGUCUUUUGUUAAUAGUGAAGUCACCUACAACCAAAGAAGGAUGUAGUUUCCAUAAAAUGUGAUUACCAUCACUCUGCCUUUUCUAAUAUUUAUCCUAUUCUCCAGGAGCAUAAGGAAAAUGCAAUUGCUACAAAAGCUAUUAAGAUUAUACUUCUUGAUAAUCUUUCAAUUCCCUCUAAGCAUUGUAAAUGAGCUUUAGCUCUAAGCUUGGCCAUUGUAGUCCUCAAAGCUGCAUGCUUGAGAAAUAACAAAAUGAACAUGAAGGUUCCUGAAUAGGGCCUUUCCAAAGGAAAACCCACUUGAGAAGGAAGAAUAUAUGCAAACUUAUUUCUCAGUAAAUGUCAGGAAAUCCCCUCUUUUUGGCCUGGUACUACUUCUGGAUGUUCCUAAUAAAUAUUCUACAUCACUCUUAGUAUCCAUUUCCCUGUUACGAAUAGAAUUAUUGAAGUAACUCAUGUAAAAGUUAGCUUUUUAAAUGGAAAAACACCUGUCUGGGCACAUUUUUCUCAACAAUUUCUAAAAAUUGUAAUUCUUUCACUAGGUUGAUUUGGCAAUUUCAGUGCCUUAAAUCUUUCACCUUAAUGGUAUUGUCAGAAGCCAACUUCAGGCACCAAAGGAGUAAUUUCCUAUUGAGUCCUUAAUUGAUUUAUUUGUUGUCUCCACUACCUUGUUCGAACAAUUCUUGUCUUCUACUUAACUUAACUUAAUUUUUACUCCUAAGAAAAUAAUGGGAUAUACUCUGAAAUUGAAGGAGCAUAACAACCUCAGAAUUACUCAAAAGGGGGGUGGAGGGGAAGGGGUAGCCUUUUUUUCUGAAUAAAAGAGCAAGGUUUCUUUUCAGCACUAAUCAAUUUACUUGUGGCAAAGUAUUAAUAGACCUGCUGACCCUACUGAUUUAGAGAGCACUAGAGACUUGUUUACUUUUAGCUUAGGCAAUAAAAAUGUCACUGCCCUUAAUCAAUAGAACGUCUAAAAAUCCUUGAACAGACAUAAAUUAAUUGCCAAAUAUCAGAAUCUAUAAAGAUAUCAUGAACUUUCUGCCUUCACUAAUGCAAGUUUCAUAGCUUGUAUUGGAAGUACCAAUCAUUGGAAUGCUUAUUCCAUCUCUAUAAGCAAUAUAAUGGACCAAGAAAAUGACAAGAUUUUCAUUUCUUUAUCUGUGGCAUUGUUGGAUUAAAAGAAUGGUCCCUUGCUGUGUCACCUUUUUUGUGUAUUUGCAUUCUUGGCUUGAAGAUACAGCUAGGCAGUAGUUUUGAAAUGCCCGUUAUAACCACUGAGCUCCUCUUGGGAGAAAGUUUUUGGUUUUUAGCUACAAAGAAUUGACUACACACUUUGUAUUUUUUUCUUUUGAGCACUUUAUGCAUUUUAGAUAUUGCACUUGUGAAUGUAUUUUGGUAAUAAAAACCCCAUUCUCCACUAAAAGCCAUGUAUAAAGAACAGAAAAAUGAGUGUUCAUUUGGUUGUAUUUGUGCUUUUACUCACCAUUUAGUUCAUGAAGGAAAAUGGUAAAUAAAUAGGCUUUGCCUUUUCUGGUAUUACUAAAAAAAAUUUUUUGACAAUUUUGUAAAAUGGCCUGCCCAGCAAAGUGUCAAUGAAAUGUUCCUAUUUACACAGCAAGUCUACUUAAAAACCUCUUUUCAAUAUCAAAGAAGUUGUCACCUUGGUUUUUUUAAGUAGCUUUAUUCCUUAAGCCCUGUUAUCGAAAUGAACUUAGGGACUGUGUACUUUACAUAGUUUAUUUUUCAUUUGAGGAAAUGGUUUGCUGUGAUAGUAGUUGAUAUUGAACCUAGUAUAGAUUCAGUAGAGAUUUAAAAGUUACUGAGUGUCUUUCUUUUUGCUUACUUUAAAAUAUUUAGCCUAAAUUAAGUAAUUUUAAGUGACAAAAAAUGAAAUUUUUUGACAUUGAAUUAAACUUAAUUUGUCUUAUUGUUUACAUUCAGUGAAGCUGUAUUGUGGUGUUUUGUAAAUAGUACCAUCACUAUCCUAACUACUUCAUCUCAACCUCAACAGGCCUCAGUUUUCCUCAUAUGAAAAAUGAGGGGGAGGUUAGACUAGAUAGUCUCUAAAGUUUCUUCCAGCUCUUAAUUUUAUGUUUAUGUGUGAAAAUGCAUCAUUAGGAUCCUAAAGAGAAAGUGAGCUUAUGUUUAAAAUAAAUAAUUUGUUCUAUUUUCCUCCACAUUUUAAAUAAAAUUUACAUAUAUGCAAUGAAUUUGUGAAGCUAAUUACAAAUUCAGGUCAUACAUAUAAUUCUAUUUGCCAGUGUUAAUAGGUACUAAAUUUUUGUUUCUUAUCAAACUGAUAACUUCAUCAUAACUAACAUUCUCAAAUUUUAAAGCUAUUUAAUGUUCUUACUAAGUGGAAAAAUUGUAAAGUAACAGUCUUAUUUCAGUUGAUAUGUAUUUGGUUAAUUUAGCAGCUAUACUGUAGAAGUACGCUUGAAAAAUUGUUUCCAGUAAUAUAGUUUAUUUUUUUAAAUUAUAACUAUUAAGGCAGGCUUUGUGACAAAACCAUGUUUUGGCUAUAUCUGACUCUAAUAGAAUUUAAAAUGGCUGAAGCUUGAAAAGAAGCAGUUAACUUUAGGUUUUUAAUAUAAACUGAAAAUCAUAUGAGCAUUAUUCUGAAAUGCCAUAUUUGUAUUGUAUGAAAGGAAAAUUUUCAAUUUAAAUUCUUGAGUACAGAUCAUUAUAAAUACACAUGUGAUCCUCCAGUGAUUGUCAGAAACCUAUUUCUAAUUGUUUUUUAGCAGUUUCCAUCUUCAUUGUAAUGGAAGGCAGGUGUUGGGGGACUCAGGUACUUGUACAUCUCAUAUCGAACACUUGAUCCAUAAGAAAGUUUACAAAGGACAAAAUGGAUAACUUGCAAACAACAUAUAUUAUAUCAUAAAUUGCAUAUCUUUAAUUUUAGAAUUUCCACUUUUUUAUCUUCAGUUAUUUGAGAAUAAUAUAAUGGAAAUAGCAGAUAUUCCCUUUCUGUUCAUAAUAGGAUUAAACAAAUAUAAACAAAUAUAUCACUGGUAACUUCAGAAAUCACAGCCAGUGCUGAAUGAUAUGUUAGAAACUGAAUGAUCUGUGUUGAGCAAAAGCUAAAAAAGAAUUUGUAGUUAGUCUAUUCCUCUGGUAAUUGUAAUUUUCUUUAUUUCUGUCUUCCAUUCCUCUGAACUUUUAGUUCUUAGGUGGGGUUUUUUUUGUUUUGUUUUUUAAGCAACGAAAACUAUUUUUCAGUUUGCUUAUAAACAUAAAGAAGUUGGAAAAUUUGGUUUGUGCUGUAUACACCUAGAAUGCAAUUAUUGAAUAUUGGCUGUGAUACUGAUUUUUAUAUCUUUAAUAUUUUGCCUUGCUUGAAGUCCUGGUGCAUCUUUUGAAAGUGAUUAUCACUAGUAUCCUCAAUAUUUUUACCUAGGCUUCAACUAAUUGUGUUGUCUUAGAGAAAAUUGUGGAAAUAAAAGGUGAUGCAUAUACUGCAGUCAUUUUUCACUUCAGAGUUCCACCUGGAAUGAUAGAAAUAUUAAUCUGAAGUCUCACCUUAGGAAGAUUGUAGCAUUCUGUUUUUUGAGAGGCUCUGUGUAUUUCCAAUUAAUGUUUAGAAAGUGAAAAUCAUUCCAAAGACCAGAAAUGUAUGUGCUAGUCUCUCCCUUUUUCCUCCCAGUAUUUUGAUGGAAUUAAUAUUUUAGGGACAUGUGCAUAAUUUCAUCAUUUGUAUAUAUUCUGUGCUUGGAUGUGUAAAUUAAGCUAUAGAUAAAAACAUUAAAAUACCUGCUUCUUAAACUCAAAUAACUUGUUGCCCUUUUACUGACCAAAUCAUUCUAAAAUUAGUUAUGGCAUCCCUUAGAGAGAAUAGCUAGUUUUAUAAACAUCAGAUUUUUUUAUUUGGAGAUUCACUUUAUCCAUAAAAGCCAUUUCAUUUUUAAAUUGCCUUAUUCUGUUGCAUUGUACUUACAUCUGAAUUUUGUUUACUGUUCCGACACUGAAUCUGUGAUGUAAAAAAUAUAUGAUGGACUAUAAAUUUUAUUCCUAAUAAACUUACUAAGUUAUACAGCAGUGUAAACUAUAGAACAUUUCUUGUAAAUUGCCUAAUUUAUUAUUUUUCAUCUUGUGUGUUUUUCAUCAACAUGUACAGUUUCUUUAAUUCUCAUGGUGACCUCUACUGUAAACAUUCCCAUACUAAAACAUUCUCAUACUAUUCUGGAUUUUCCUUAAUGCUUGUUUGCAUGAAUGAUGCCUGGGUUUCAUUUACUUACUGGUAUUGUAUUGCCAUUAAGCCAACCUCAUGACACCCUACAUACUUUUUAAAUAGUUAUUUUCCUGGUUUUGUUGCUGCUCUGUAUGACCAUUAGAAACCAUGCUUUUUAUCUUUUCCUAAUAAAAUUCUUUCCAUA